UUGAACACGUAACACUGGAAAUUAGCUCUAUUACAAAAAAUUAAACUUAAGAUGAUGAUUAUGACCCUAUAAUAUGUUACACGUGUAACACUAUUACAAAAGUUCUAUAUAUACUCCAAGAGAUUAGAGAGGAUGUUAACAACUGCUUGUAGUUAUAUAUAUAAAACAUACAAAAAAAAAAUGGAGAGAGUUGGAGAGCAAGUGAUUAGAAACAAACAGGUGAUAUUCAAAGAUUACAUUAGUGGGCUUCCUAAAGAAUCAGACUUCCUUGUGAAGAAUGAAAAUACCACAACCUUGAAGCUUCCAGAAGGUUCUGAAGCCAUUUUAGUAAAGAAUCUCUACUUGUCUGUGGAUCCUUAUAUGAGGCUUCUCAUGCAGAAGUUCAAUACUGGGGGCAUUUUUACUCCCUAUCAACUUUCUUCGGCAUUAGAAGGAUAUGGAGUAAGCAAAAUAUUGGAGUCAACACACCCAAAGUAUAAGAAGGGUGAGUUAGUUUGGGGACCAACAAAAUGGGAAGAAUACAGCAUCUUAAGUAAUACUCAACGUCUUUUCAAAAUUGAACAUACAGAUAUUCCACUUUCAUUAUACACUGGAAUUCUUGGUAUGCCAGGACUGACAGCAUAUGGUGCCUUUUUUAAAGUAUGUUCCCCAAAGAAAGGAGAUUGUGUGUUUGUAUCUUCGGCAUUUGGUGCUGUUGGUCAGCUCGUUGGACAAUUUGCCAAGCAUAUGGGUUGUUAUGUUGUUGGAAGUGCAGGGUGUGAUCAAAAGGUUAACAUGCUCAAGUCUAAGUUUGGCUUUGAUGAGGCCUUUAAUUAUAAGGAAGAGCCCGACCUAGACGCGGCUCUAAAGAGGUACUUUCCAGAAGGAAUUGAUAUAUACUUUGAGAAUGUUGGGGGCAAGAUGCUUGAUAUUGUACUUCUAAACAUGAAAUUCGAAGGACGAAUAGCAGUAUGUGGAAUGGUAUCACAAUACAAUAACGUUGACAAUUUUGAAGGAGUGAAAAAUUUGAUGCAUUUAGUAUUCAAGGCUAUUCGUAUGGAAGGUCUUCAAGUUUAUCAAUACUAUCAUCUCUAUCCAAAGAUGUUGGAAUUUAUGUUGCCUUUGGUUCGACAAAAAAAGAUUAAUUAUGUUGAAGAAAUUGUUGAAGGUCUAGAGAAAGCACCUACCUCUUUGGUUGGAUUAUUUGAUGGAAACAAUUAUGGUAAACAAGUCAUUCAAGUUGCUCGUGAUUUAUAAUCAUGGAUAACUUUUUUUUCCUUUCACUUCUAUAAUAAGGAUUUAAUUUUCACCUUUACCUGAAUGAUUAAUUUCCACUUUUGUGAUAGAAAAUUUAAAUCUUAUACGAACAUUAUUAUUAUAUUAUAAAUAAAUGUAUUAGUGAGAUUUUACUUCUCCACGAGA